AUAUAUAUACAGUCUAUGCUACAGAGUGAGCCCUCUUCCUCACGCAGAAGAUCUUUGGGUUGUUGUCAUCACUGUGAACCUGUGUAGAAGAUGUUUGCUAAAAAAGUUAACAAAACUUUUCUUUGGGGCUUGAAGAAUGUCUCCGCACCGAAACAGGCGAUCCCUGUGGCUGUUGCAAGGCAACAGCACAACCGUCCAGAGACGUCCAGCGCCAAGUCCCUGAUGGACAUCGGAACCCGGCGGAUCUUCAACGAGGACCAUGACAUCUUCAGACAAAGUGUCCGGCGCUUCUAUCAAGAGGAAGUGAUUCCAUACCACUCGGAGUGGGAGAAGGCCGGUCAGGUGAGCAGGGAGGUGUGGGAGAAAGCUGGCGAGCAAGGCCUGCUGGGAGUUAUGAUCCCAGAGGAGCACGGAGGCAUCGGAGCAGACCUGUUUUCUGCGGCUGUCGUGUGGGAGGAGCAGAUGUACUCCAACUGCUCAGGCCCGGGAUUCGUGCUGCACUCUGACAUUAUCAUGCCCUACGUAUCGAACUAUGGGACCAAGGAACAAAUUGAACGCUUCAUCCCCGAGAUGACAGCUGGGAGAUGCAUCAGCGCUAUCGCCAUGACGGAGCCAGGAGCGGGCAGUGAUCUUCAAGGUGUGAAGACAUACGCUAAGAGGGAUGGCAGUGACUGGAUCCUCAAUGGCAACAAGGUGUUCAUCUCUAACGGUUGGAUGUGCGACCUGGUGGUGGUGGUUGCCGUGACGAACCGUGAGGCGAAGGUGGCGGCGCACGGCAUCAGUCUGUUCCUGGUGGAGAACGGCACCAAGGGCUUCCAGAAGGGACGCAAGCUGGAGAAGAUUGGUCUGAAGGCCCAGGACACAGCCGAACUGUUUUUUGAGGAUGUACGGCUCCCUGCGGACGCCCUCAUAGGGGAGGUCAACAAGGGUUUCUACUACCUGAUGAACGAACUGUCCCAGGAGCGUUUGGCCGUCGCUGGCAUGGCCAUCGCGGGCUGUGAGUUCAUGUUUGAGGAAACCAGGAACUAUGUCAUGCAGAGGAAAGCUUUCGGAAAGACCAUCGCUCACCUACAGACUGUGCAACACAAGCUUGCAGAGCUGAAAACUGAGAUCUGUGUGGGCCGAGUCUUCGUAGAUAACUGCCUUCUGCUCCACUCUGAGAAACGCCUCGACGCCGCCACAGCCUCCAUGGCCAAAUACUGGGCGUCUGACCUGCAGAACAAGGUGGCCACUCAGUGCCUGCAGCUCCACGGAGGCUGGGGCUACAUGUGGGAAUACCCCAUCGCCAAGGCGUUUGUCGACGCUCGUAUUCAGCCCAUCUACGGAGGCACCAAUGAGAUCAUGAAAGAGCUCAUUGCCCGCACCAUUGUUAGCCAGAAGUAGUUGAUUGAGUUAGUAGAUGCUGACUUAAAUAUGAAAAAGUAUGUAAGUAAAUCAAACACCACAAGUAAUUAAAAAGCUAGACUGUGACGUAAAAAUGUAAUACUGUUACUGUAGGAAAAGCUUCUUAGAAUUGUUUGCAUUGUUUCAUUUGUUGUGUGUUUAUAAUAAUAAAAUCUGUAAAACACCUAGUUUGUAAUACUGCACAUGUAUAAAUAUUAAAAUAUGUUCAUCUUAACUUGAAAUUAUUUAAAUAAAGAUCUUUCAA